AGCUUGUUGCUGGGGCUGGACCGGGACAGGAGAGCGAACGGACGGCUCUUCUGCUGGAAGUAAACGCGCAUCCAGGGCUUUAUUUCCCAUUUUCUUCCUCCCGCAUCCCCCUUUUCUUUCUCGGCUUUCCCUCCUGCUGAGAUGAGGCGAUAAUCAACAGAGGAUCAGCUGUUUACAGAGUUUUGAAGUUGUUGGAAACGGGAAAAGAGGAAGAUGCUCGGGUUAGAGGUCAUCGUGCUCUGUCUUCUUUUUGGAGCCCUGACUCACGGCCAGCAAACAACGUGCAGCAAGAAGAAUGAAUGUCCCAUAGACGUGUACUUCACCAUAGACACAUCUGAGACCAUUGCUCUCCAGGAGCCACCCCCUGGAUCACUGGUGGAGAGCAUCAAGUUAUUUGCAAAGCAGUUUGUACAGCGUUUAGAAGAUGCUGAAUUGAGAGGUGCUGUGCGGGUCACCUGGAACAUCGGUGGACUGCACUUCUCCCAAGAACAGCUGGUGUUCAGCCGCAUUGGACCGAAGAGUGAUUUUAUCACUGGAGCUAAAGGAGACAACGGCGAUCCAGGUCUCAAAGGAGCAAGAGGUCGCCCAGGAGACCCCGGUAUCGAGGGUCCCAUCGGUCAGCCCGGUAUCAAAGGAGAACCAGGUUUUAAAGGCGAGAAGGGAGAGAUAGGUACUCAGGGGAAAAAGGGCGUGUCUGGCAUCCCAGGACGCAAUGGGACAGAUGGACAGAAGGGUAAAAUUGGACGGAUCGGUGCCCCUGGCUGCAAAGGAGACCCAGGCGACAAAGGUCCUGAUGGUUACCCCGGAAAUGUUGGUGAACGUGGUUUUGCUGGAACUAACGGAGAAAAGGGUGAUCCCGGUCGCGCUGGAAGACCUGGUCCCUCUGGUCCGUCUGGAGAGCCUGGACCAAAGGGAGAGAGAGGAAGUCCUGGAUCACCUGGUGUUCCUGGACAGAAAGGAAAUUCAGGAAUCCCAGGAAAUCCGGGAGACAAAGGAGAGCCGGGGAGAAGAGGAGACUAUGGGCCAAAGGGUUCUCAAGGGCCAGAUGGAGUUAAGGGAGAUAAGGGUGAAAUGGGGCCAGAGGGCUCGAGAGGACUUCCAGGUGAAUCAGGAAACAAAGGAACAAAGGGAGACAAUGGCCUGCCAGGCCCUAGGGGACCACCGGGGUUAGCAGGAGACGCUGGGAGAAAUGGUACCAGAGGAGAUCCUGGUGAUGCUGGACCAAGAGGAGAACCUGGACAGGUUGGACCAAAGGGAGACCCUGGAAGACCUGGCUUUAGCUAUCCCGGGCCAAGAGGACCAUCGGGUGACAGAGGAGAGAAAGGCAAUCGUGGACCUCGUGGUAGCAGAGGAGACUGUGGUCAAAAGGGUGAGCCUGGAGAUAAAGGAACUCUGGGAGAGGAAGGUGAGUCAGGACAUCAGGGAGAACCUGGCCUAAGAGGAUCAAGAGGAGAUCCUGGGCGUGACGGAGAUUCUGGACCUGAGGGAGACCCCGGUCUCACUGAAUGUGAUGUCAUGAACUACGUCAGGGAAACGUGUGGCUGCUGUGACUGUGAGAAACGCUGUGGAGCCCUGGACAUUGUGUUUGUGAUCGACAGCUCAGAGUCAGUGGGUCUGACUAACUUCACCCUGGAGAAGAAUUUUGUCAUCAACACCAUCAACAGACUUGGAUCCCUUGCCAAAGACCCUCAAGCAGAUACAGGAACAAGAGUGGGAGUUGUUCAGUACAGUCACAGUGGAACCUUCCAGGCCAUCCGGCUCGACGACCCCAAGAUUGAUUCACUGUCUGCUUUCAAGGAAGCAGUCAAGCGAUUGGAGUGGAUCGCUGGAGGAACAUGGACUCCAUCCGCUCUGAAGUAUGCUUAUGACAAUCUGAUCAGGGACAGCCGCAGAGCCAAAGCCAACGUCACUGUGGUUGUCAUCACUGACGGACGAUUCGACCCCAGAGAUGACGACUCGCUGCUCACCUACCUCUGCAGUGAUCCCAGUGUUGAUGUGAGUGCCAUCGGUAUUGGAGACAUGUUCGACCAGACUGAGGAGAAUGAGAGUCUGAAAAGCAUCGCCUGCCAGAAGGAUGGCAGGGUGCUGGGCAUGAGGCGCUUUGCAGACCUAGUGGCUGAGGAGUUCAUCGACAAGAUUGAAACUGUGCUCUGCCCAGAUCCUAUCAUCAUAUGCCCUGAACUCCCUUGUAAAUCAGAGCCUGCCGUGGCUAGCUGCGUUCAGCGGCCAGUGGAUGUGGUCUUCCUACUGGAUGGUUCUGAGAGGAUGGGACUGGAGAACCACCGCAGGGCCAAAGAGUUCAUCGAGAAUGUGGCCCGCCGCCUCACCCUGGCCAACAACGAGGAAGAUGAGAGGAAUGCCCGUGUGGCUCUGCUGCAGUAUGGCAGCCCUAGAGAACAGAGAGUGGAGUUCCCGCUUACACAUAAUCUCACAGUGAUCUCUGAUUCACUGGCAGGAGUGACCUACAUGGACUCCUCCUCUGCUCUGGGCAGCGCUAUCAUCCAUGCUGUCAACAAUGUGUUGAUCGCACAGGUACAAACAAACACAAACACGUGUUGGAUUUGUAGGCAGGUGACCUGUGAAGGAAUAGUUCAACAUUUUUGAAAAUUUGCUUUCUUG